AGAAAGUGAGGAUGAGGAAGAAGAAGAGGUAGUAGAAGUUAAAAAGAAAAAAGAUAAAAAAGGAAAAGAUGAAAAGGUUAAAGAGAAAGUUAAAGAAGAGAAAGUAAAAGAGGAAAAGAAGGUAAAAAAAGAGGAGGCUAAAAAGGCUGCUGAAUCAGAUGAUUCUGAAGAGGAUUCUGAUGAAGAAUCUGAAGAAGAAUCAGAAGAGGAUUCUGACGAAGAAGAGUCUAGUGAAGAAUCAGAAGAGUCCCCUAAGCCAAAGCUGAAUGGAAAAGCUGAUGGUUCAAAAGAAGCUAAGAAGCGUAAGACAGAGUCAGAAGAUGGUAACGAUGCCAAGAAAGCUAAAGUUGAUGGUGAGCCUGUAACAGUUAUGUGCAGAAAUCUUCCUCAGGAAGUGACUGCUGAGACCUUUGAGAAAUUUCUUAAGAAGAAAGGAAUUGAAUACACAUCUGUUCGCAAGCGUGAUGACAGAGCAUUUGCCCACAUUGACUUGGCUAAUCCAGAUGAUCUUGAUAAAGUUUUAGCAAUGCAGAAUAUUGACUAUAAAGGGAAUGCACUGACAUUUGAAAAAGGUCGGCCCAUGAGAGCAAAGGGAGAAAGAAACACUGGUGAUGAUUCAAACACGCUAUUUCUGAAAAAUCUACCCUAUGAUGACUCCGAAGAUACUAUUAGAAGCAAACUGAUGGAGAUAUUUCCUGCAGCACAAAGUAUCAGAAUUCCCUAUAAAGGAGAUUCACAUAAGGGCUUUGCAUAUAUUGAGUUUGAGAGUUCCGAUAGUGUAAAGGAUGCAGUCGAAAACAAACAGGGUAUUGAGGUUGGAGACCGACAACUGUACUUGGAUUAUGCAGGCAGUUCUAGUAGAUCUGAUUCACAACCAAGAGGAAGAGGAGGCUACAGAGAUGAUGAACCAGAAGAAUCCAGUGUACUUUUAGUAAGAAAUCUGUCCUAUGAUUCAACAGAAAGCUCAUUAAGGUCAUAUUUCAAGGAUGCUACUGAUGUACGAUUACCAACACAUCCAGAUUCUGGAAAGCCAAAAGGAAUUGCCUUCAUAGAAUUUGAGUCUAUUCCAAAAGCAAAGAGUGCUCUGAAUAAAAUGGAUGGUAGUAAUGUUGAUGGCAGGUCUGUUCGGUGCUGUUAUGCAAGAAGCAGAAGUGAUGGUGAUGGAAGAAGUGGAGGUUUUGGUGGAAGGCGUGGAGGAGGUUUUGGUGGUGGACGUGGAGGAGGUUAUGGUGGCGGCCGUGGACGUGGAGGGUUUGGUGGUGGACGUGGUCGUGGUGGAGGUUAUGGUGGCGGCCGUGGAGGUGGAGGUUACGGUGGUGGACGAAGCAGUUUUGGUGGAACAGGAAGGAAAAAGACUUUCAGUGAUAGCGAUUGAUGAGAUUUAGCAGUUUGGACAAUAAAGCUGUGCCUUCCAUUCUCAAUGGAUAAUAGCUGAUCAUGCCACUUUGUUUUAUAUUCAAACACAUUCAAUGACUGCAGAUAAAAUCACUGUAAUUCCAGUUUUAAUAUUUGUGGUCUUCCUUGUACAUAGCCAUAACUUUUUAAGCCACUGAUGUAUGCUGACUUACUGCCAUUAAAGUUAUAAAAAUAU